AUGUUCUCCAGCCUCGCCACCAAAAUCGCCCUCAAAAAGGCCGGCAUCCCCUUCGACGCACUCGACUUCUCCUCCCCCCGCGAGCCCAACAAGCUGCGCAAAGACCAGCCCGCCGACGGCCAAGAGUCCAACUGGUCCAGCUGGCUGUCCUACAAGUCCCUCCCUCUCACCGUGCACCCGUGGCUCUCGCCGCCGCCGCCGCCCAUCCAAGUCUCCCGCGUCCCGCGCAUAGGAGAGGCCGCGCCGCGAGACAGAGACGGCAAGCUCGCCACCGGCGGCGGGAGACGCGUCCUGGUCGUGUUUCUACGCUGCCCUCCAACUGACGUUCCCGGCCGACACCCAGUCGCCCAAAAGACAUUCGUCAACCUCCGGACGCUCGCCAACCGCCACGGCCAGACAAUGACCUGCGUCGCCGUCAGCCACGCCUCGGAGCCAGCCACGCGCAAAUGGAUCGACCUGCUGGGCGGCGCAUGGAACGUGCAGGUCGUCAUUGACGAAGACCGCGCCAUCUACGCGGCGUGGGGCCUCGGCGUCGCCAACAUGUGGCACCUGUUCAACCCGACGACCCAGGUGCAGGGGUGGAAGGAGAAGGGCUGGCUGGGCGACAAGGUGGCCGAGGCGAUGCAGCGCAAGGCAACAGCGCAGCCCGCGAGAGACUACCCCGAGAGACGACGCGCCGCCGGUGCUGGUGGUGGUGUCGUCCAGCCCGGCGAGGAGGACGACGACGGCGGCGGCAUUUCUACCGUCAUGGGGAACAAGUGGCAGGAGUCGGGCGCUUUUGCCGUUGACGGGAGGGGGACCGUCAUUUGGGGAGGCAAGGCCAUGAGGGCGGAUGACGUGAUGGACUUGGAAGAGGGUGCUAAGCUUUUGGCCUUGUGA